GCGGCGUAGUAAAUCCCAGCGCGUAGGCGUUAGACUGCAGCCCUUCGCCUGAGGCCAUACUGCUGAGUCACCUCCAUCGACGGUCUAUACCCCACCGUCAUCCUCUGCCCUUCGCCUGCCCUUCUUAGGCUUCUGCGACCAGGCUCUGUGCAGCAUGAAGCCCGUGAGCCUCAAGGGUCCGUACGUGCUCGGCCGACAGCCUUUGCUGCUCUUGCUUCUGCUGUUGCUGCUACCCCAGCCGGUGGCUCGCGCCCAGACCACGCCGGGUGCCCCCAUUGCCCUGGGCACCCACAGUGCUCCUACCACGCCGAGCACCCCCAUUGCCCUGGGCCUGCGAGAACGAGUGCUGGCUCUGAUGCGAGACUUUCGGCUGGUGGACGGACAUAACGACCUGCCCUUGAUCCUGAGGCAACUUUUCCAGAACAAGCUACAGAACGUUAACCUGCGUAAUUUCAGCCAUGGCCAGACCAGCCUGGACAGGCUUAGAGAUGGCCUUGUGGGUGCCCAGUUCUGGUCAGCCAGUGUCCCAUGCGAGACCCAGGACCGAGAUGCUGUGCGCCUUGCCCUGGAACAGAUUGACCUCAUUCACCGCAUCUGUGCCUCCUACUCUGAACUGGAGCUUGUGACCUCAGCUGAAGGGUUGAACGGCACUCAAAAGCUGGCCUGCCUCAUUGGUGUGGAAGGUGGUCACUCACUGGACAGCAGCCUCGCUGUGCUGCGUACUUUCUAUCUGCUAGGAGUACGCUACCUGACGCUUACCUCUGCCUGCAGUACACCCUGGGCAGAGAGUUCCACCAAGUUCAGACACCACGUCUACACCAACAUCAGUGGAUUAACAACCUUUGGCGAGAAAGUGGUGGAGGAAAUGAACCGCCUGGGCAUGAUGGUAGACUUGUCCUAUGCAUCACAUACCUUGAUGGGGCGAGCCCUGGAGGUAUCAAAGGCUCCUGUGAUCUUCUCCCACUCAGCUGCCAAGGCUGUGUGCGACAAUUUGCUGAAUGUACCUGAUGACAUCCUGCAGCUUCUGAAGAAGAAUGGUGGCAUCGUGAUGGUGACACUGUCCAUGGGCGUGUUGCAGUGCGAUCUGUUUGCUAAUGUGUCCACCGUGGCAGAUCAUUUUGACCACAUCAGAGAAGUCAUUGGAUCUGAGUUCAUUGGGAUUGGUGGAAAUUAUGACGGGUUUGGCCGGUUCCCCCAGGGAUUGGAGGACGUGUCCACAUACCCAGUACUGAUAGAGGAGUUGCUGAGUCGUGGCUGGAAUGAGGAAGAACUUCAGGGUGUCCUCCGAGGAAACCUGCUGCGGGUCUUCAGACAAGUGGAACAGGUGAGAGAAGAAAACAGUGGGCAGAGCCCUGUGGAGGCCGAGCUUCCAGACGGGCAUCUGAGCUUGCCCUGCCACUCCCACCUGCCUGAGCCUCAGAGCGAACACAUGGCUACAGUCCUGGAUGUGACCAAGUGGCCAACCAAUCCUGUGCUCGAGAGGCCCUCAAAAGCCUCCCCACACCUCGUACCAAGCCUCCUGACUGCUGCCACCUUCCCAGUCCCCAUCCUGUGGCUCUGGUGACCUGGCUGGUCUUCGUAGAAGUCAUUGUAACCGAGUCCCACAAAGUUCCCUCCUAAUCAUCCAGCCACAAGCAUAUGCUGAGAAUAAAUAAUUCAG